AUGACUCGCAACAAUCUUGCCGAUCAUCUGACCUGGUUGCUCAACAACAUUUCCCUAUCAACACCACGGCAGCUCGACCUUCCAACACCCACUGGACUGUAUCUCGGCGCUUCAGACGCCUCCGAUUCAAUCCCGCCUCCCAGCACCAAUUCGCAGGUUCUGAGACGGCAGGGGAAGCCGCAAAGCUCACACGAAAGUCAGCCUUUGUCCAGCCUGCCGGUAAAUGGCCUCCACGAGAGGAGCGGCCACGAACCACCAGCUCGCGACACGGCCCAGCUGUCUCAGGACAACAUGGGCCGCUUGACUUCGACAACAAAGUCCAAAAAGCCGUCUUUAGUGAUUCAGCAAGCCGGAAAUACGACACCGAAAUCUUCUGCUUCGACCAUUUACGAUGUCAAAACCAGCUCGAGUCGGAGGGAGCCGCCUUCGAGCUCGCGGAAGGAUCCCAUCAAAUACUCGUCCAGCAAACCGAAAGCCGCAUACCAGCAGCCCAUUUCGAGUAUUGGAUUAGAUUUCGCAGACCUCGAUGCCGACGACCUCGAAUGUAUGGAUUUAACGACGGACACAUUGCAUUCGGUCGAAUCAUUGGAGUUUGUCAAAGAGGUGGCUAUACAAUCAUCUGGUGACAAGAGCACGUCGUCCUCACAACCGAGGAGUGGCAAAAAGAGAAAGAGCAGCGACAUCAAUGGGUUAGCGGAAUUCGACGAGCCCUUCGCUGAUGUUUACGAAAUGCUCGGCACUGAGCCCCCAAUGUCAACCCCGGCCAAGAUGCCCUCGUCUCGAAAGAAAGGCUCAACUAGUCUCAAGCGCCACCAGAAACGAGAUGCAGAAAAACAAACACCAUCCGCGCGGAAAGCGAGGCUCGAUUCCAUCAGCAGUGUUCCCGACGACUUUUCAUCCCCAAGUCGAGCUGUUGCCGCUAAACGACCUCAACUCGACCUUUCUCCAUCCCGGAAUAGAGUGCCUGAAUCUUCGCAAGAUCGAAAUAGGACACCAAACAACGACAAAUUGAACACUAUAGCAACGCCUUCGAUCUGCCUCCAGCCCGCAGAAAGCACGAAUAUACCCGCUGAGCGCGUUGAACACUUCAUUCCCGACUCCGAUGAUGAGUUUGUAACACCACCCUCUUUCAAGAUCGCAAACACCUCUCAGGAGAGCCGACAAACGCGAGUCCUGCAAUCCGAAGCCAGCCAAGCAAUAGCGGAUUUGCCUCAACCACAGCUUGGAGCGACUGCUUCAUCCGACCCAUCAACGGACGACGUCGUCAUGUUACCGCCACAAAAUGACUCACACUCUAGCCAGGCACCACGUAUACUGUCAUAUUUGUCACAAAAUCCUAAUAUAUUGGACAAGAAAUUUCAGCAACUGGAUGUUCUCAUUCAGCAAAACGCACGCGAAUUCAGGCAGGCGAUAGAUUCGCGAUGUACAAAGGAUAAACGUGAAGGAAUUAAAGCAGAAAAAGAACGCCUGUUGAAGCAAAAGAAGUCUCUCGAAGCUCUUGCUGUAUCAUUUCGCUCCUACGUUGAGAUGUGCGAUCAGCGGGAAGCUCUCGCCGCUCAAGUCGCCAAGGCGUACGUGGAAGGGAUCGAAACCGACGAGGACGAAGCAAAACUUGACGAAAUUACCGACAUAGUGGAACAGAAAGAGAAAGAGUUGUUGAAAGAGCUUACUGAGGCCGGCGUUGAGGAAGCGGAUUGUCUGGACACGGCAGAUGGCCAUGGUACUUCUCAAUCUGGAAACGUUGUGCUUGGAACGCAACAUCCACCAGGAGUGACAGUCAACAUGUCAGAGCCCAGUUUGGAUACUCAGCCGGGAAUGAUGCAUGGGACGCAAGUUGUCCACCAAACCCAACUGGGAGGGACACCUGGCUCCAGUUAUAUGCACCACUAUGCCGCCAAUGGCAACAGCUUUGCGACCGGGCCAGCCGCGUCAAGGGCUGAUGUGCCAUUUCCCAGAGCCCCUACCAGUCAAGCGCUACAUCAUGUUGCCAGUCAUAAAGGGCCAAUAACAGUCGAAGACGCUGACCCAUUUGAAGACGAGCUGAUGUCCGAGUUUGAUGACGACGUUAUGCUCCCUCCUCCUCGCUCUGUCAAACAAGCUUCGAAAACUGCGAGCCACAUCAUGCCGCAGCGUGAUCGAGACGAGUUCAGCGAGUUUAGCGACGAUGCAGAUAUGCUAGCGUUCGCGCAAGACUACGAAAGCCAGCAAUCUGGUAAAGAGCAGUCCCCCAGGAGCCGUCGAGUCUUCUCUGAAACGUCUGGAAAUGCUGCACCCGUGUCCAGAGCCCGUUCGACAUCGCGAAAGCCAACAGCUCCAUCACAACCAGAACUGACCAUCCCCCCACACCUGAUGAAGUUUCCUUGGUCUCCAGAAGUGCAAAAGAUGCUGAAAGAUCGAUUUCGCAUGAAAGGAUUUCGACAGAACCAACUGGAAGCCAUAAACGCAACCCUGUCAGGCCAGGAUGCAUUUGUUCUGAUGCCUACUGGCGGUGGUAAAUCGCUCUGCUAUCAGCUUCCUGCAGUCGUUCGAACGGGCAAGACUCGGGGUGUCACGAUUGUCAUUUCUCCGUUGUUAAGUCUCAUGCAGGAUCAAGUGGACCACAUGAAAGCACUUGGCAUCCAGGCCGUCGCAUUCAAUGGCGAGUGCUCCGCUGAAUAUAAACGGCAAGUGAUGAACGCCUUUGGAGAACGCAGCCCUGAGCACUUUAUCGAGCUGCUUUAUAUCACACCAGAAAUGAUCAGCAAGAAUAUGGCAUUCAACAAUGCCUUGCAAAAGUUGUAUAACAAUGGCAAGUUUGCUAGGCUGGUGAUUGACGAAGCGCACUGCGUCAGUCAAUGGGGCCAUGACUUUCGCCCGGAUUAUAAAACCCUCGGCGAGUCGCGAAGAAAGUUUCCCAACGUUCCUGUCAUGGCGCUGACGGCUACUGCCACGCAAAAUGUCAUCGUUGACAUACGACAUAACCUAGGCAUGAGGAACUGCAAAAUCUUUUCACAAAGCUUCAACAGGCCAAAUUUAUAUUACGAGGUCCGACCCAAGGGAUCGUCUACCGGUAUUGUCUAUGCACUAUCCCGAAAGGGAACUGAAAGCGUCGCAGAACGACUCCGAGAACAAGGCAUCUCUGCCUACCACUACCAUGCUGGCAUGACACCCCCGGAGAAGGUCAAUGUGCAGACUCGGUGGCAGAAAGGCACCAUCAAGGUGGUUGUUGCCACCAUCGCUUUCGGAAUGGGCAUUGACAAGCCGGAUGUACGAUUUGUCAUUCACCACGGACUGCCAAAGAGCUUGGAGGGUUACUACCAGGAGACCGGCCGUGCAGGGAGAGACGGUAAACCAUCAGAUUGCAUUCUUCUUUACGGCAGAAGAGACAUAACGGUUCUCAAGAAGAUGAUUUUGGAUGGUGAAGGCAACGCAGAGCAAAAAGAGAGACAGAUGGCAAUGCUGAACAGAGUCACCGCAUUCUGUGACAACGAGUCUGACUGCCGCCGAACAGAAGUAUUGCGGUACUUUGGUGAGGAUUUCACUGCAGCACAGUGCCAGAAGUCAUGCGACAAUUGCCGAUCAGGAAAAAUAUUCGAGCAAAAGGACUUUUCAGAGUGUGCCAGAUCCGUCAUCCAAGUUGUCCGGCGCCAAGAAAAGGUAACCGCUGUCCAGUGCGCGGAUAUUCUAAUCGGUAAAGGGUAUCCUAAGCACGAGCAGCGUCUGUCCGACGAAUUCUAUGGCGACUGUAAGGGGCUUAUGAAGCACCAAGUCGUCCUUGUGAUUGACAAACUUGUGGCAGAGAAAGGUUUGGCCGAGAACAACGUCGUUACCAAGUAUGGCAUGGCUAUCCCGUAUCUGGUCGUAGGGCUCGAGGCGAAUAAAUACCUGAAUCGGCAGCGGAAGUUGAUGUUGAAGGCGCCGAUGGACGAGCCGCGUCCGAAAGCUGCAAAAAGCAAAAAGCCAUCCACGAAAAAGACCAAGAAAGUAAAGGGUCAAGAAGCGCUCAACCUGCAAUCGACAUAUGUUUCUUCGCCUGUGGAUAAACGCCGCGCGCGCGCGCGAGUGCUUGAUAGCGAGGAUGAGGAUGAUUAUCCAGCAACUUCGCACGGGUAUGCCAAUGAUGGCUUCGUCAUUUCGGAUGAGGAAGAGGAGGAUGAUGACGAUGAGCACGACGCCUUUGCCGAACUACCCAGCCACCGACCAGCCAAACCAAGCAGCAAGCAAAAAGAAAAGCAGGCCGCUACACAAGCAAAGGCACCGUCACCGUUUGGUCCUCCGAUCCACUCCAAGAAGCGUCUGGAAGAUCUCUCUGAGUUACACCAGGAUAUCGUCGCUGGCUUUGUGCAGGAAGCCCGAAAAGUUGAAGAGCAUAUCCGCAACAAGAAGGAGCUUCGACGGCCGCUUUUUAGCGAGAAGGACUUUCAAGAGAUGGCUCUCAACUGGACCACCAACAUGGAGCGCAUGGGUCGCAUUCCCGGUAUCGAUGCUGACAAGGUCAGAGAGCAUGGUCCAAAGCUGCUUCCACUCCUGCGCAAGCAUCAUGAAAUGUUUCUGGAAAUGACGGGCGAAGAUGACGAGAAUGACGAGGACAUUGUCGACCUCAUCAGCUCUGACAUUGAAUUUGAGGACGAGGACGCAGAGCCGAGCUUAGGCGAAACCUCGCACUUUUUCGCACCACCACAGCGGACCCAUCCCGACGUCUCAGCAUUUCAUGCUCGCCUCGAAGAAGCGAAUCAGUCUCGUGAAUUUGCAUCGCAGAGCCAAGCUCGAUCGAAACCGUCGUGGGCGAGAGGCGGAGCGGGUGGUGGCGGCGGAAGGGGCAAGAAUUACAGGCGCAAAGGAAACGGAGGAGUGAAGAAGCGCAAUGCGAGUGGUGGCAACUCUAGUCGGAAAUCUAGCGGUGGCUCUGCUUAUGCUUCUGGUUCUGGUUUUGGGGGAGGUGGCGGCGGCGGCGGUGCGUCGCGACCAUCUGGGGCCAGGAAGGACGGCAAGAUUGUGAAGAAGGCCGGUGGGGGGAUUGGUCUGAUGCCGUUGUAA